GUCAGUUUAGAGUGUUGAUACAUCAACUAGUCAUCCACCAGUUAAAUGGGGAGGUCUUGAAUAAGAUAUGGAUUUCUUUCAGAUAUUGGAUGUUGAAGAGUAGCCGUUCUGGACCACCAAUUCCUGAUUUCUUACCUCGCAUUGAGGGAUGCUCUGUUUUCACCGCCAAUCUCGGCCACGGAGUUGACAUGGGCAGCGAUCUAACUGACUAGUGAAUUUCUAGGCCUGCUGGUAGCUGGUGCACCAAUGGAUGGGCGUUUUCUGUAUUUCUGCAGUCAAAGAGCGUAGUCUUUUGGCUAUUGAAUCAAAGCACUGUUGACCCAGCUUCGCUUCCCUGUGAAAGACUCAUCAAAUUGUCACACCUAGCGACUACACAAAUGGUAUCUCUCAGAAAUAUGAGGCCCGCAAGUUUUGGCGACUCUAAAAGGACUCGAAAAUCUGGCCAACGAGUAACGGUAACUCACCAAAAGCCAAUUGACUCGCAUUGCAAAUCAACUUCUAGCAUGUUCGUCAUAGCUCCACCGCCCACGUGAUAUGAUGCGCAGGCGGGGACCCCAGAACGACUAAAGGACAACAACUGCCUGCAACAACUACAACAGGGGAAGGAGCUUUGGUUAAUUUUUGAUUUCCUGCCGACUUUCUCUUUCUUCUUCACUCACUUCACUCCGCCAGGUUGUAUGUAUGCCUGACUUCAAGCUCUCCGCGUCUCUCGAAGGUCACGGCGAUGAUGUUCGCGCCGUGGCCUUUCCGAAUCAGAAUGUCGUCCUUUCAGCCUCUCGUGAUGCGACUGUCCGACUUUGGAAGCUUGUCUCCUCCCCUCCUCCAACUUACGAUCACACGAUUGCCGCACAUGGCCAGGCCUUUAUCAACAGUCUAGCUUACCUGCCAUCGACACCCGAAUAUCCGGAGGGCCUAGUGCUCUCUGGUGGACAAGAUACAAUCAUCGAAGCACGACAGCCUAGCAAGUCUGCCACCGAUAAUGCGGAUGCGAUGCUACUAGGUCAUGGCCACAACGUCUGUGCUUUGGACGUCUCUCCAGACGGUGCAUGGGUUGUUAGCGGCAGCUGGGAUUCUACAGCUCGCCUCUGGAGAGUUGGCAAAUGGGAGAACGAGGUUGUACUGGAGGGUCAUGAAGGGAGCGUCUGGGCUGUCUUGGCUUAUGACAACAACACCAUCAUUACCGGCUGCGCUGAUCAAACGAUUCGCAUAUUCAAUACCUCCGGCACCCUCCUCGGAAGCCUGAAGAACUCCAAUGACGUCGUACGGGCUCUUUGCAAGGUUCCCGCCUCAAAUCCUACCGGUGCCCAUUUCGCCUCGGCCAGCAAUGACGGGGUUAUUCGCCUUUACACGUUACAAGGUAAUUUGGUUGCCUCUCUUCAUGGUCAUGAGAGCUUCGUUUACUCCCUCGCUGCUCUGCCGUCGGGCGAACUUGUGAGCUCGGGAGAGGACCGUACCGUGAGGAUAUGGCAGGGUACCCAAUGCAUUCAAACCAUUACUCAUCCGGCUAUCUCUGUCUGGAGUGUUGCCGUGUGUAGUGAAAGCGGUGAUAUUGUUAGCGGCGCCAGUGACCGUAUCACCCGGGUAUUUUCUCGGAGCGCAGAUCGCCAUGCUGCUCCCGAGGUCAUUCAACAAUUCGAGCAAUCCGUUAAGGAGUCGGCCAUCCCUGCUGAGCAGGUUGGCAAAAUCAAUAAAGAACAACUACCAGGUCCAGAGUUCUUGAAGGAGCGAUCCGGAACGAAAGAAGGACAGGUUCAGAUGAUUCGCGAGUCAGACGGGAGCGUCACUGCCCACACCUGGUCAUCCGCAACGCAGGAAUGGAUUGCCGUCGGGACAGUGGUGGAAUCGGCGGCAAGCAGCGGCAGGAAGACGGAGUAUCUGGGACAAGACUAUGAUUACGUCUUCGACGUCGACAUCGAGGAUGGCAAGCCACCGUUGAAACUCCCAUACAAUGUCUCUCAGAACCCAUAUGAAGCGGCGACUAAGUUCAUCGGAGACAACGAGCUACCCAUUUCCUAUCUUGAUCAGGUUGCGAAUUUCAUCACGCAGAACACUCAAGGUGCCACCCUUGGCCAGUCUCAAGACAGCGGUGCAGACGCCUGGGGCUCGGAGCGACGAUACAGACCCGGCGAUGCUGCUGCUGUCAUUGAAGCUGCACCGCCACAACCACCUACUCCCGAGUCGCGACCUCAGGUACUGCCUCAAAAGACGUAUCUAUCCAUCCGCUCUGCCAAUACCAAGGUCAUUGCCAAGAAGGUCAAGGAGUUGAAUGACAAGAUCCUAGCCGAAGGAGACAAGGAGGUAGCCUUGAAUCCUUCAGAGUUGGAGACUGUCGUCGCGCUUUGUGGGCAAUUAGAGACUUCUCCAAAGCUAGCAGACUCCCCGGCUGUCCAGGCUGGAAUCCCCUUGAUAUUCAAUAUCGCAACUAAAUGGCCAACAGCCAAUCGGCUCCCCGGGCUAGAUCUGCUCCGUUUGCUAGCUGCCGCGACCCCCGCUGCCGCAACCAUAGAGUACGAUGGCGUGGAUCUCAUUACCGGCAUCCUGUCUAGUGGGGUCUUUGAUGCACCCUUGAACGUCAACAAUGCUAUGCUUUCAGUCCGAACCUUUGCCAACCUCUUCGAGACGGAUGCGGGCCGCAGUUUAGCUAUUCAGGUCUUUGACCAGGUGCUGGCUGGUGUCCAAUCCGCACUGGCCAACGGUGGGGACGCGCCAAAUCGUAACCUCACCAUCGCCAUUACGACACUCUACAUCAACUUUGCAGUUUACCUCACCUCUGAAGGCCGGGCCCAAACUCCCGAAGCCGCGGAGCGUGGCUUGGUGCUCCUCGAGGAGCUAACGAAGAUUGUCUCGGGCGACAAAGAUUCCGAGGCAGUCUACCGUGGGCUUGUUGCGCUGGGCACACUUGUGCAGGCUAUGGGGGCCGAGGUUAAGGGCGCCGCGAAGGAGAUCUAUGAGGUUGAGAAGGUUCUCACGCGCGUCUCAGCCUCGGGACCGGGGAAGGAACCGCGAAUCAAGGGUGUGAUCAAUGAGAUCAGGGCAGCUCUCUAGUUGAAUUCUGAUAUCCCAUCCGAGGGCUACUGCAUAAUUAGACUCGUGUUACUUCUUCUUAACGACUACAAUGCAAUUGCUAAUAAUUGCCAUGCCAUGCCAUAACAAUAUUCCUAUU